AUGAAUACCACCAGAUCUAAAGGUGUUGAGCUGUCUGGCGAUAUCAAGUUCAUCAAGACCCCCACGGCAACGCCCUCGGAGUAUAACACCGGCGAGACCUGUGGAAUCUCCUUGACCAAUGCCAAAGCUAUCCAUAAUGCCCCGUUGCCAUCGGAUGGUGCAGGAAACGAGAGCUUCUCCAACGUGCUCCUGGCCAGCGCCAUCACCGGAGUUCCUGCCCUCCUAACAUACCUACUUGGCGGUGGAGUAAAAUCUUUCAUCUUCGUUGCUCUUCUUUCCGUACUUCCUGUUCUGGUGGCCUUUUGGACCUGGACCUCUACUUGCAGCCCACGGAUCAACGACAAAGUUAAGUUGCCUGGCCGACCUAUUGAGCACUAUGUGACUUUCAAGAGCGAUGAGGACCAGUUGAAAUGGCAGGGAAGAAAGAAAAUCCCCAUGCAGACCUUUGCGGAAAUGUACUUGGAUGGCUUGGUGGAUUUUAACGGCGAUGUGCUCGACAUCUUAGAAUACAGGCAUGAUUGGGCCAGCUUUGCCUUUACCUGGGACCUGUUCAAGUUCAUCAUCUUCACCUUCUUUGUCAACAUCAUCUUCCACACAAAGGCCCAGGAUGAGGAGCAGGUCCGCCCCAACUACGACUGCGGCAACGACCAUUACGCCUGGUUCCUCGGUCCGCGUAUGAUCUAUACGUCCGGAAUUAUCUCAGAUCCUGAGCGGGAAGAGACCCUGGAGGAAAUGCAGGAUAACAAGAUGGCCAUUGUUUGCGAGAAGAUUGGCCUGAAGGAAGGCGAGACCAUGCUUGACAUUGGCUGCGGUUGGGGAACCCUGGCCAAAUUUGCCAGUCUCAACUACGGCGCAAAGGUGACCGGACUCACCAUUGCUGAGAAUCAGACCGCCUGGGGCAAUGAUGCCCUCCGCAAAGCCGGCAUCUCUGACAAACAGAGCCGCAUCCUCUGCAUGGACUACCGCGACAUACCCCGCAUGAAAUACGACAAGAUCACACAGCUGGAGAUGGGCGAGCACGUCGGCAUCAGGAAACUUACCGGGUUUUUCCGCCAGUGCUAUGACAUGCUUAACGACGAUGGAGCCAUGUACGUGCAGCUUUCCGGUCUGAGACAGGCUUGGCAGUACGAGGAUUUCGUCUGGGGUCUGUAUUUGAACAAAUACAUUUUCCGCGGCGCAGACGCUUCGACUCCCUUGUGGUACUACGUGAAAUGCCUGGAACAAGCUGGAUUCGAAGUUAGAGGUAUUGACACGGUUGGUAUUCACUACUCAGGCACGCUCUGGAGGUGGUACCGUAACUGGGUUGGAAAUUUCGAGGCAAUCAAGUCCAAGUAUGGUCUUAGAUGGUACAGGAUUUGGGAACUCUUCCUGGCCUGGUCGGUCAUUGCUUCUCGUCAAGGCUCUGCUGCCUGCUACCAGAUGGUCGUCGUCAAGAAUCUGAAUUCAACUCACCGCAUUAACGGAGUGCUCAGUCAGUAUGGCCUUGCUGGUGCUCUCGCCGAGAGCAGGAAGGCGGGCAAAUCUCGUCUGCAUUAA